CCUCCCUUAAAACCAAAGCCUCACGAACCUACUAAGCUUAGCCAAUAACCAUCUAGGAAGGAAAAUAAAUGGGCUGGCUUGAAUGAAUGAAACGCGAAGCGCCAACCCUCCACUUUUACUCUGCUUAUUGCUAAUUUGCGCCAUCGUCGCCUCCCGCCCUCCCCUCGCCCACGCCGGUGCCGGUUACAGUAAGAUCGACGAGAUCUCCUGUUCCAGUCGCCGGCGAAUCAUGUCCAAAUCUCGCGUUUAUACUGACGUCAACGUUCUUCGUCCCAAGCAGUACUGGGAUUACGAGUCUCUCGCUGUUCAAUGGGGUGAUCAAGAUGAUUAUGAGGUUGUUCGAAAAGUUGGAAGGGGAAAAUACAGUGAGGUUUUCGAGGGCAUAAAUGUCAACAACAAUGAGCGUUGUAUAAUAAAGAUCCUCAAGCCUGUCAAGAAAAAAAAGAUUAAGAGGGAGAUUAAAAUCCUUCAGAAUCUAUGUGGUGGCCCGAAUAUUGUUAAACUUCUCGAUGUUGUAAGAGAUCAGCACUCAAAAACACCAAGCUUGAUAUUUGAGUAUGUCAACAGUACAGAUUUCAAAGUUCUCUACCCAACUUUGACUGACUAUGACAUUCGCUACUAUAUAUAUGAACUUCUCAAGGCAUUAGAUUAUUGCCAUUCACAAGGAAUAAUGCAUAGAGAUGUCAAGCCUCACAAUGUCAUGAUAGAUCAUGAGCUGCGCAAACUUCGCUUGAUAGAUUGGGGACUUGCUGAAUUUUACCAUCCUGGCAAAGAGUAUAAUGUUCGUGUGGCUUCUCGGUACUUUAAAGGGCCCGAGCUUCUGGUAGAUUUGCAGGACUACGAUUAUUCCUUGGACAUGUGGAGCCUUGGUUGUAUGUUUGCAGGAAUGAUAUUCCGGAAGGAACCAUUCUUCUAUGGCCAUGAUAACUAUGAUCAACUAGUUAAAAUCGCCAAGGUACUAGGGACUGAUGAGUUAAAUGCAUAUUUGAACAAGUACCAUUUAGAGUUGGAUCCUCAACUUGAUGCACUUGUUGGAAGGCACAGCCGUAAACCUUGGUCCAAAUUCAUUAAUGCGGAUAAUCAGCAUCUUGUUUCUCCAGAGGCAAUUGAUUUUCUUGAUAAGUUGCUGCGGUACGAUCAUCAAGACAGGCUAACUGCAAGAGAAGCCAUGGCCCAUCCUUACUUCUCUCAAGUCAGGGCAGCAGAAAGCAGCAGGAUGCGAACUCAGUAACCGGGUACACUCUGGGUUCCUUUGUAAAUCAAUCCAGACUUUUGGACAGAUAUGUUGUGUUUAAAUGUUACAUAAAAACUACAUAAUUCUAAUGACUGCCAUCGUCAGUUUUAGGAAAGGUGAUUUACCAUCAUUAUUAGCCAUUUGCCCGGAGUAACUUUUUAUCUAAGAAUAUAGACCAUACAGUUUUUUUCA